UGGCCCAUCACAUAACAAGCAGUUUGUGCCUGUCUAAUCUUCUUCCCGCGCCUUUCACACACAGCUUCAAUCUCACCGCCGGCGAAACCUUUGCUUCUUCUCACAGUCAAUUCAGAUUCCUUUUUAUAGAUCUCGUCGCCGGAAUUCAACCUCAAUUAGAUUCGCUGAUCACUCAAUUUCGUCCUCUUCUUCAGGAGCUAAUUGAGUUGAGGUUGAAGUUGGGAAGAAGUGAAACAUUAUGAGUAGCAGCUCCAGGGAGGGAUCUCCUGAUUGGCUUCGCUCUUACGAGGCACCUAAAAUUACAUCAUUGUCGUCACUAUCAUCAUCAUCAUUGUCUAAAUCAUCUCCAGAUGAUAGUCCUUAUAGGAAAUCUGAAGUCGUUUCGUCUCUUCAUGUACCUGAUGACGGUGAUGACAUUUUGAUUCUUGAGAAAGAGUCUGUGGAGUCUUCGUCUAGGAAGAAAUCCAAAACGAAGGUUGUGACGAAGCAAGUAAGUAUUGAGCAGGUGUUUUCUAGAAAGAAGAAAGCAGAUGUGAGUCUCAACCUCGAAGGGAAGCAAAAUGGAAACCAAGUUGAAGGUGAAAAUCUCUCUAGCAAGCAUAAGGAUGCUCACCAGGGAGGAAAUGAUUCUGUGCUGCUUCUCUCAUCUGAUUCUGAACCAUCCUCCAGUGGUCCGAUAAAGCAGGAAGUGACGGUGCCAACUGAAAAUGAUGAGGAUUUUGUUCAUGAAGAUAAAGAGGGAGAACCUGUACUUAAGAAAGCUCCAAAGGAAAAAUCUCCAAAACCAAAGCCAAAAAGUAGUCGCAAGACAUCCAAGAUUGAAAAUAGUUCACAAGAAGAAAUUUUGAAAAGUGAAGAUAAAGAUACCGAUACAGAUGCCAUAAUUGCCGAGGAAGUAACAACGGAUAAGAAUAUCAAGCCCUCUGGCUCAAGUUCAAGAUUACCUUUGGUACUUUCUGAGAAGGUGAAUCGUACAAAGGUACUCGUUGAAUGUGAAGGUGACUCGAUAGAUUUGAGUGGAGACAUGGGGGCUGUUGGACGUGUGGUUGUUUCAGACACAACCGGGGACAUGUACAUGGACUUAAAAGGAACCAUAUAUAAAUCAACAAUCAUUCCAUCCAGAACAUUUUGUGUAGUUAACGUAGGUCAGACAGAGGCAAAGAUUGAAGCUAUUAUGAAUGACUUCAUACAGCUGACACCACAAUCUAAUGUGUACGAGGCAGAAACAAUGGUGGAAGGCACUCUGGAGGGAUUUUCAUUCGAAUCAGAUGAUGAAAAUAAUAAAAACACCAAGAAUACUUCAAAGCCAGCUGAUCAAAGUGGAGGCGCAGAGGAAGAAACCAACACAAAAGCCAAAACCAAAGCCAAAGCAAAAGGCGAAACUGUUUUAGGAAAAAAGAGAGGAAGGCCAUCUAAAGAGAAGCAGACACCAGCAAAAAAGGCUAAAACUUCUGCUCCUAAGAAGCCUAAAACCAAGAAAUGAGUUGUGAUUUUGAUUUCUGCCACUCUUUUUUAAAAAGUGACAUUUCAUUUGUUUAGUUGAUAUAACAUUAUAUACAUCAAAUAGAGUAGUUUUACAUGUAUGAGGUGAAGCCAAUUCAGACAAUUCAAGGCAAUCUAUUUGAAUAAUAAAGCUCAGAAUCUAUGAGUUAUGUAUCA